AUGUUUUCUCCCUCCAUGAACGAGGGCGGUCCCGCCACCGCGACGCGAAGCAGAAGAAGGCAGCGACCGGCCAGUAACGAAAGCCUCGCCCAACAACCCAAAGCUAAGCGCCAGCGUCUGCCUCUUACCGAGCAGACCUUCGUGAAUCCUGAUGUGUCCGCGCCCACGGGCCCCGAGAUGUACGAGGUCAAGUCCGAUAAAGUUGCGAUACUCGACACACGCCAGGAUGGUAUCGUAAACCAGAACCCCAUCACGCCCACCCCGAGAAAAGAACUCAGCGUGCGCGCAAAGAAGCCAAAGGGAGGCGACAGACCGACCAAGGGCGAUGGAAGUAUUGUUUUGACGACGAACAACGCUUACACUGUGAGCAAAUUGCCUGCAUUGCCAGAUCGUCUACGCGCAGAUGCUUCAGCCCAGCAACAGGCCGAUAUCUUCUCGAACCGCUACGCUCUCAGCCUCAGCCAUACUCAUGCGAUCGUUUGGCCGUAUACGGAUCCAUCCCAAUCUCCCGAGACAUUCACAUUCACCCUCCCGUAUCCUUCAAAACACACAUCGGAACCUCUACCAUUGGGUUGUCUCGUCUCCCCAUCGGCCUCAUCAACAGAGCCCGGCCUAGUUGUUGUUAUGCCCAUCAGCGGUAAGAUCGCGUACUGGGAAUCCAUCACGAGCGCCGCGACUUUAGACUUCAUGAAGAAACAGCGAAAUGGCGUGGAAGGAUCGAUAUCAGGCAUGUUUUCUGGCGAAAAGGUCAUACAAAUCACGAACGCCGAGUCCGCCGGAUUCGUUCUGGCCUUGAGCAGUGGCCGACUAGCCUACAUGAGCGUUCGAGACAGCCACGGCAGACCAACGAUCUCAGUCCAAUUCCUGCGGACAAACCUGGGUUCCACGGCGGGUGGAAUUUUCGGUAGCAUUCGUCACGCCUUGACGCAAACUGCAGGGCGCGGGGAUAUUGCUGCCGUUCGGGCAGAGCGCACUUCUCGAGUUGGCGAACGUAACGUUGUCGCAGCUACGUUGAAGGGCAGACUUCACGCCUGGAAUGUACAUCGCGGUGGACACCACGACACGAUUGUGGAAGCGGACAUGCAGGAGGAGAUUAUUCAAGCGAUUCGCGACGUUGAUCCCUCAGCUACUGACUUCCAGCCGGAGACGUUCGAGGUUGUCGACUUUGCUUUCGUUCCCAAGGGCUUGGAUGCCAAGUAUCGGGACAUGAGCAGACUCAGCAACGCCAUGGCUUCGGAAGACAAGAACCUGCAGCAUCUCUUACUUCUCGUCAGCUUCACCAAAAAGAAGGAGUCGCACUACUCUUUGGUUGAGGUCAUCCUUUCCCCGGCCUCCGCGCAAGUUGGCAUGGUUCGUCCGAUUUCCUCAUACAAGGCGCGCUUCAAUCCUGCGAACCCAGUGCAGUCCACCAGGCCUCGCUUGCAUCUCCCCCGACCGGCCCUUGUAGCUUUCGUCGUUUUUGACAAGGCUGUAGUUGUGGCAUCCAUCGGCAACCCUCCGGAAUCACCAGACGCUCAGCUCCAAGAAGAUAACCACAUUAUUCCUCCCACCUACGAAGAUGUCAUCACUCUUUCGGACAACAAUCAGCCAGAGAUCUUGGGAUCUGGCUUUGAAGAGCCUCAGACCGCUAAUACUGGUCAUGAGGAGUCAAGAAGCCGCCAGAAGACGAAGAACCCAGCAGUCGUUCUCAUGGUCCGCGGUACUGGUAUCGUGCGACUCACAACAACAGAUAUAGACAAAUUUGGCAGUGACCAACCUCCCAAAGUCACGCCAAAGAGCAAGCUAGAGCAAGCUGUCUUUUUUGGGAACAAGCAAGAUACCCCCUUGAUUUUCGACGGAAGGAAAGGGGUGCAAUUUUCGGAUGAGGAGGUGUCUGAAGCUGCGUUGCAACUCAGCCACGAGAUCAUGAGUUCAGCGACAUCGCACAUUUCAAGUCUGCUCGCAUCUUUGGAAGACAAUCUUAGCACUCGCUGUCAGGCCCUCGAUCGGUUGAUGUCUCACCUCAAGAUAACAAAGGUCAAGCUGGACCGUCGUACCCGCUGGCUUCUACUCUCGCAUGCCGAGAAGAUGAUGGUGGCAACAGUUCUGUGGAAGCGUCACGAGGCUUUUACGAACGAGCGACCUGCGAACGACAAGAAGGACCUGAUUGCUGAGAUUGUCGAGUUCAUUCACCAAGACGAAAAGACGAACCCGAACCGCAGCGCAGGGGAAGUCGAUCGCGUCAGGCACUGGUUCGUGCAUGACGUUGGCAAGCUCGAGAUCUUUAUCGCGUGGGCCUAUGAAGUGAUCAAGUACAUGUACAAAGACCACAUCAUGGACGAUGCUAAAAUCACUCGACUCAUGUACGAGGCCCAGCAAGUGAAUCUGGUCGCUCUCAUGACGGCGCUCGAGUACCGGCAAAAGAAGCUCUCAUUCUACGGACUCGAAGACGAAGAGCUGCAAUUCGGCAUCUUGCGCGACAAUUACGAUGGUCUCGCUGAACCCUGGACCGGAUGUCACUACAUUUGCAACAACUUGAAGCGGCUUCUUGAGCUCAGUCACACGUGGCUUGAUCAAUACUACCCUCCCAAGGAGAAGACCAAGGACAAGACGAAGCAGCCGGAUCCUGCGCUCCUGGAGAAGAUCAACUCAGAAAUUGCCAAUCUGAGCGAUCUGUACCUCGUGUCAUUGCUCGAGGCAUCUCGAUGGAAUGCUGUACAACAAGACGCAAAGGCGCAGAAGUGGUCAGAGCAUCUCUCCAAGCUCUACGAUUCGGACCGAAACGACAAGGUUCUCUCCCUUCUCCGUCUCGGCAAGUGGGAUGAGAGUAUCAACAUUGCCGAGAAGCACCGGUGCUGGAGAGCCCUUGCUUUGGCUAUGAUCGAACAGAUCAACAGUCUCAGAAGUGAAGCGACAGUGUCAAGAUCACAAGUCGAUGCUCGCGAACUCACUAAGCAAGCGGAGCUGAAAGAGAAGCAAAUUGGUGUGUACUUUGACAAGUAUGGCGAGGCCUUUGCGUUCCCCACGUACGACAUUCUGCUCGACAAUGCUGGUGUCCAGGCCGUAUUGGACUUCAGUCACGACAACCAUGGAUACAGAACAAAUUUCCUACGCACCAAACCUGAACUCGCCAAGAUUUCGUGGAUCAACGACAUCCAGCGUGAGCGUGACAUUGGGCAUGCGGCGGAGACUCUUUUCGACCUCGGUAUUACCCGUGAGCAGCAGGUCUGGAACAAGAAGAUUGAACUUAGUCUUGGAAAGCUAGCUUUGCUAGCUGAAUCUGAGAAGCCUGCCCCAUCCGAUCUCUUCGGCUUCAAGCAAGCCAACGUCGAGGUUGAGGGAACAUCCGACGAGAAGAUUGAGAUCAUCGACGAUCAACUUCAUCUCAUCAAAAUUCAGGAUCAGCUCUACGCCCAGAUCUUCCCUUCUGUUCAGAUGGCUGUAGAUGAAAGCGCUGAACUGCAACUUGCCAUGGAAAAUCACUGUCUUCACAUCCCAAAGAAACAAAAGGCAUUGAUCCAAGUCUUCGAGAGCAGCAUGAGAAGGCUCCUUAAGCACGAGGCUCUUGAUGCCAUGUCUCUCAUUGACCUACUCACUCUCGUUCAUCUGCCGGGUGAGACGGCCGCCGACAUUGAUGAUCCCUUCUAUCUGGCUCUGGAGGCUGCUUCACUGGGACUCAAGGGCGAGGAGUCGAAGAUGGCCAAGCGUUUGAUCUGGAGACGCUGCUUCAUCCGCGAUGAUUGGACAAAGCUCAACGAUACGCAGUUGAAGGACGAUUCGUUCGUUGGAGAGAAGUUAACCAGGACUACGCUCUUCAGUGCUUUCAUUUCCUGCUACCAAAAACAGAGAAUUGACGAGCCUUUCCAACCAACGAGGCCUUCCGACGCGUUGGGAGCAUUCGUGGACGACCUCGACGCCCGCUGGGCUAGCUGGGAAAAGUCUUACCGGGAUAAGCUCCUGGAUGCAAUGAAGUGGGAAGACUCGGUACUGCGCAAAUACAUCGACAAGGCACGUCUGGAGGAAUGGACUCGCACAACGGCCGAGUCUGCCGAGACGUUAGUUGCGGAUAGUGUGGAUGAGGCUACUCGGGCUGCCACGGAGGACAUUCCGGACCUGCAGACGAAUGGUAAGGCGAACGGUCUGCAUUAG